UGUUGGUGCGGUGCCUACGGCGCCCGAGCGGUUCUGGGAUAGCGAUGGGGACGCCCGGGGCCUCAGCGGGAUCUCUGUUUGUGCCCUCCGCGUCCGCGCCCCCGAGGAAGCGCGCGGCCGGGGAGACCGGGGUUGCGAGAAGCAAGCAGCGGGUUCUGGAUGAAGAAGAGUACAUCGAGGGACUCCAGACAGUCAUCCAGAGAGAUUUCUUCCCCGAUGUGGAGAAACUACAGGCACAGAAGGAAUACCUGGAGGCUGAGGAAAAUGGAGAUUUGGAGCGCAUGCGCCAGAUUGCCAUCAAGUUUGGCUCUGCCCUGGGCAAGAUAUCUCGGGAACCUCCACCACCCUAUGUUACUCCAGCCACCUUUGAAACUCCUGAGGUUCAUCCAGGCUCUGGUGUGGUGGGCAGCAAGCCCCGGCCCCAGGGUCGGGACCUAGAAGAUGGAGAGGCUGGAGAUGAGGAGGAGAAGGAGCCGCUGCCCAGCCUGGAUGUCUUCUUGAGCCGCUAUACAAGUGAGGACAAUGCCUCCUUCCAGGAGAUCAUGGAGGUGGCCAAGGAAAAAAGCCACGCCCGCCAUGCGUGGCUCUACCAAGCUGAGGAGGAAUUUGAGAAGCGACAGAAAGAUAAUCUUGAACUCCCGUCGGCAGAGCACCAAGCCAUUGAGAGUGGCCAGGCUGGAGUGGAGACCUGGAAGUAUAAGGCGAAGAAUUCGCUCAUGUACUAUCCUGAGGGUGUCCCUGAUGAAGAACAGUUAUUUAAGAAACCACGGCAGGUAGUACACAAGAACACACGUUUCCUCCGGGACCCCUUCAGUCAGGCCCUGAGCAGGUCCCAGCUUCAGCAGGCAGCUGCCCUGAAUGCCCAGCACAAGCAGGGCAAGGUCGGCCCUGACGGCAAGGAGCUUAUUCCGCAGGAGUCCCCCCGAGUGGGCGGCUUCGGGUUUGUUGCCACUCCUUCUCCUGCUCCUGGUGUGAAUGAGUCACCGUUGAUGACGUGGGGAGAAGUUGAGAACACUCCCCUGAGAGUCGAAGGGUCAGAGAGCCCCUACGUGGACAGGACGCCAGGGCCGACUUUCAAGAUCUUGGAGCCAGGACGCAGGGAGCGCCUGGGUCUGAAGAUGGCCAAUGAAGCGGCUGCCAAAAACCGGGCCAAGAAGCAGGAAGCGUUGCGGAGAGUCACCGAGAACUUGGCCAGUCUUACUCCCAAAGGCCUGAGCCCAGCCAUGUCCCCCGCCCUACAGCGCCUCGUGAGCAGGACAGCCAGCAAGUAUACAGAUCGUGCCUUGCGGGCCAGCUAUACACCAUCCCCAGCACGCUCUACCCACCUCAAGACCCCAGCUGGUGGGCCACAGACCCCAACAAGCACACCAGCCCCUGGGUCUGCCACACGCACACCCCUCACACAGGACCCAGCCUCCAUCACAGACAACCUGCUGCAGCUCCCUGCCCGGCGCAAAGCUUCAGACUUCUUUUAGAGCCAGGCCUGGCUGGACCUAUGGAUGCUUUGUGGGACACUUUGUGGAGUGUGUAGAGCAGCUGUCUACUCUUCAGAGGACUUCAGGCCUUGGGGACCCAGGUCACAGGCAGUUGAUUAUCCCAGGAACCACAAGUGUAUAGUGCUGUGCCAUGGCACGUUCUGCUGACCACUCCCUUGGGAGUAUAGCAUUGGUGCUGUCCCCCAAGGCCCUGCUGAAACUGCCUUCUAGUUAACCCCCAACUGAACUCUGAUUAAAGAACACCUGGCAUUGUCUGGCUGGGCCGCCAUUCCAUGUCCUGGGGCCCACCUGGGUGUCUCAGGACACCGGCUAGAAGCAAGGGGCUCUGGGGGAGGAAAAUGGCGCACAGAGCAGCCUUCUGUGCUGAGUUUACACUUGAGCCUAGCACUGUGAAGGGUAGCACAGCCCCCAGAAGUUGUGCCAUUGAGCUCAUGGGGUUCUAGUCCAGCUCCACAGCCUCCCAGCCAGGCCUGACCAUUGGUUUGUUGGUUACAGGCCCAGGUAGGUCCUGCUUAUCAGGUUCACACCAGGACGAGUCACUUUGCUGUGACUUCAACUGUUAGCUCCUAGCACCUAGUUCCAGCUUAGGUUGGGUUAGGCUGCCUCCCCAUCCUAAUCUCUGCUUAUCCCAGUGUUUUUGGUACUUGCUACUGGGCUCUGCCAAAGCACCAGCCUUGCCUCAGUCUGGGCUGUAUUAUGAAAAGAAAGAGCGUGGGUUCCCUGUAAACCUGUAAGUGCCAUGUGCACCAGCAGCCAGCUGUAUAAUACCUGUGUUCACAGUAAAUACCUGUGAACUAAGGGUGGCUAGCCCUCAGGUGACUAGUGGCCAACUGGGCCUGUGAGCCUAUGCCUUACAGAGGUGAAGGGUCCCUGCUGUCUGGGCCUGACAGGGUCCAAAACUGUGAUCUGAUUGCACAGCCAAUGGUCUUGAGGCCGCUGGUGGUGUCCUAGGGCUUGCCCUCUGAGCAGCCCAAGGCUUGAGCUAUUCAGGUAGCCUAAAGCACACCUGACUCUUCCCAGCCCCAGAUACUGCUUUGAUUCCAUGAAAGCCAUCUUUCCUGACUGCUGGCAGUGGUCCUCAGGCCUCUGCGCACUGGUGUUCUCUGGAGACUACCUGGGUUGGGUACCUCCUGCCUUGGGCCUUGGACUGCGUGGCAUUUGUCAGUUUGACAAGCUAGUCACCUGGGAAGAAGGAACCUCAACUGAAGAAUUACCUCUCGUCAGGUUGACCUGAAGGCAUGUCUGUGGGGUAGUUUCUUGACUGCUAGUUGAUGGAGGAGGGCAGGGCCCAGCAGUGGCAUCCCUGGGCCAUAGUUGUGUGAGAGAGCCUAGGAGUAAGCUAGAGAGGGAGCCAGUAAGCAGCGUUCUUCCAUGGUCUCUGCUUCAGUUCCCACUUGGGUCCCUGCUCCAGCUUCCCUCAGUGAUGGACUGUGACCUGAAAGUGUGCACUGAAAUAAACCAUUCCUCUCCUAAGUUA